GAGUCUUGGCUCUGUGUGUGUGUGUCUCUCUCUCUCUCUCUCUUGCGCACUUUAUUCCGUUCAAAUUCAUUACUUUGCUGAUCACUGAGAACGAGGCUCUUUGUUUCAAAGGGGGAACAUAGAGAGAGAGAGAGAGAAGAUUAUAAGCUUUCAAUCUCUGCGCUUUUUCUUUCUAAAACUUGCUACAUUGUCUUGUUCUACUUCAAGAAUCUCAUCUCACUUCCACGCAUUAAAGUAUUUGUCUUUCUUGACUGAUUGCACUCAUAUUUUGUGGGCUUUUGCUUCUUUGCCCUUCCCAGUGUUUCAUAUACUGCAUGAUAAGCAUUAGAAGAGGAGACGAGACAAACCACUUGGCUGUUUGGUCUCUUUGGAUUAUUAUUUGAGCUCUCUUUGGCUGGUUAUAGAGUUUUCAGUUAAAAACAAGAUACCCAUUUGUUGAUUGGUCCCUUUUUGGUUGGGCUUUUAUUUUGGUUGUAUGAGAGUUUUGGAGUCUGUAGAGAGCUUUAGCUGUGCUUAUUGUCUCCUUUCGUCUAAGAGCUUGUCGUAGCAAAGGCAGAAAAUUGGGCAAAGAGAAUUCCUGAUAUGGGAUUCUACUCCUUCAGUUUCUGAAAUUGUUGCUGAUAUUAAUCGACACGCAGAAAGGGGGAGUCGUAGAAAGUGCAAGAACUGCUGUAUGAAGUAGUCGGGAAAAAUGAACAAGUUAUCAUGGUCCAAGAAAAUGGUCAGAAAGUUGUUCAAUAUCAGGAGUAAAAUUGAGGACUUUCAAGCAGAUGAUGUUCAUGGAGGGGGUGAAAUGGAAUACAGGACUAGCUUCUCUGAAAGGGAGCCAUGCACUAUCAAGAAAAGUAAAACAGAGAAAUUUAGCAAGAAUCCAGAGCAGGUUCGGCGAGGAAGAAUGAAUCUUGACCAUCCCCGAAUCAUAGAUGUGCAGAACUACAGCAUUUUUGUAGCUACAUGGAAUGUGGCAGGAAGAUCCCCGCCAAGUAAUUUGAGUCUCGAUGACUGGCUUCAUGCCUCACCUCCUGCAGACAUAUAUGUUCUUGGAUUUCAAGAGAUAGUUCCUUUGAAUGCUGGUAAUGUUCUUGGUGCAGAAGACAAUGGACCUGCCAAAAAAUGGCUGGCCCUCAUUAGAAAGACUCUAAAUAAUCUUCCAGGAACUAGUGGCAGUGGUGGGUGUUAUACGCCAUCUCCAAUCCCUGAACCAAUUGUAGAAAUGGAUGCCGAUUUUGAGGGAUCUUCCAGGCAGAAGAACUCAUCUUUCUUUCAUCGCCGAUCAUUCCAGACAACACACAGCUGGAGAAUGGACAAUGACCCUUCAAUUACACAACCUAGACUUGAUAGGCGAUUUAGUGUUUGUGACAGGGUUAUGUUUGGUCACAGGCCAAGUGACUAUGAUCACAGUCAUAGAUGGGGUCACAGACCUAGUGAUUAUUCAAGGCCAAGUGAUUACUCUAGGUCUAGUGAUUACUCCAGAUGGGGUUCAUCAGACGAUGAUAAUGGACCAGGGGAUUCACCAAGUACUGUAUUGUACUCACCAAUGUCCUAUGGAGGUCCCUAUAGUGGAUCUACAUCUGUGGAAGAUGGAUUUAGGAGGCCAGGGUGUUCAAGGUACUGCUUGGUGGCGAGUAAGCAAAUGGUUGGCAUAUUCCUCACAAUAUGGGUCCGAAGUGAAUUGAGAGAUCAUGUUAGAAACAUGAAAGUUUCUUGUGUUGGCAGAGGAUUAAUGGGUUAUCUAGGGAAUAAGGGAUCUAUUUCAGUCAGCAUGUCCUUACAUGAAACAACCUUUUGCUUCAUCUGUAGUCAUCUAACCUCUGGACAGAAGGAAGGUGAUGAGCUAAGAAGGAAUGCAGAUGUCAUAGAGAUUCUUAAGAAGACAAGAUUUCCACGUGUUAAUAGUGCAGCAGAUGAGAAGUCCCCAGAAACUAUUCUUCAGCAUGAUCGAGUUAUUUGGCUUGGGGAUUUGAAUUAUCGCAUUGCCCUUUCUUAUCGAUCUGCUAAGGCUCUAGUUGAGAUGCAAAAUUGGAGGGCAUUGCUGGAGAAUGACCAGUUGCGGAUAGAGCAGAGAAGAGGUCGUGUUUUUGUAGGGUGGAAUGAAGGGAAAAUUUAUUUCCCACCCACAUACAAAUAUUCAACUAAUUCAGACAGAUAUGCAGGAGAUGAUAUGCACCCAAAGGAGAAGCGUCGAACUCCAGCUUGGUGUGAUAGAAUUUUAUGGUAUGGAGAAGGCCUCCAGCAAUUAUCUUAUGUACGUGGAGAAUCUAGGUUCUCAGAUCAUAGGCCGGUUUAUGGCAUAUUUUGGGCAGAGGUGGAGUCUAGCCAUGGCCAAUUGAAGAAAAGUAUGAGCUACUCCAGUUCUAGAAUUGAGGUGGAAGAGCUCUUGCCAUACUCACAUGGGUACACAGAACUGAACUUCUUCUGAUGGUGAGGAAAUAGCUAUGACCCCCAUUAGGCGGGAAUCACUUUGAAGAAAAUUUUUCUUUGAAGUGUGAUUGAGACAUUCCGUUGCCCACUAACCGAAAAAGGUGUACAUUUUGUAAUUUGGUCAGUUAAUUAACUCUACACAUCAUCAAAGAUCAUCAAAUGUAGUUAGCCACUAACAAACCAGUUUCUGUCAGCGUAUGGUUCACUAACCUGACUGAUGAAAACCAACUCUCUGGCAAGCUUGGUACUGUAUCACAGUCCAGCAAUAUGAUUAGGAUUAACGUACUCCAUCAGGAAUUGCCAAGAGGGUGUCGAAAGACUAAUUUAUUCUAUUCUUUCUUAGUUGAUGUAACAUUUUUGUUUUUGAUGACUGAAAGAUGAUGAUCAAUACAAUUAUUAGAUUUUUUUUUUUGAAAAAACUGAAGCCAAGUAAAGAUUUUAUAUAUUUGAUAUUCAUUGCAAAAGAGAAAAAAGAAUUAUACAGUAUUAAAGUUUAUGAUAGAUUCCAGAAUGGCUCUUCUCUUUGUUCUUUGUUGUUGAGGAUGAUUAUGAAUUUACUGAAAAAGGUGAUUGUC